AUGGAGCUGAGGCCGGAUACCAGCCACAAGGAGAAUGUGCCCCCCAGGCCCGCGGCCCCCCUGAGGCCAGAGCCGUGGAGAUUUCUGAAGAACCUGGGUGUUGGCCUGGGCAGUGGGCAUGGCCAGCGGGUGCCUGUGCAUCAGGCCAGGAGGGGAGGGCCUGCUGCCACACCCUCCCCAAGGACAGUGCUGCGCCAGGAGCCCUGCCUCGUCCAGACCAACCUGGCCAGCCCUGGGCCCAGCCCAGGCCUUGCCCUGGAGGACACAAUUGGCCGGAGGGCCACCUCAAGCUUCCUGCAGCAGAGCAACCUGCAGCCACGGGCUGGGAGGCCUCACUUGAGGGCCCAGAGUUUUGCCAUCCAGCAAAGCAACCUGAGCCUAAGCAAGACCAGCUUUGUUGUGCGUGGAAACCGCACCAGCUCCCAGCUCUGGUCAGAGCCUCAAGAAAGCUUCAGUACCCACACUCUGCCAUGGGGAAGUCCACUCUGCUGCAGCGGGCAGCUGACUUGCCCAUCCCUCAGCCUAAGGCAGUCCCAGCCACGAGCCCCAGACACCCCCUGCCCAGACUUCAGGCCCCUUGCAGGCUUCAUCCCUCAAGAUGGGUGCCCUCAGCCCGGCACCAGAUCCUGGUUUGCCCUGGGCCGAUGGACCUCCGGGCCUGUGGGUGAGCCGCUCACCCUGGAGGACCUGGCUGUCCCUGCCCAGAGCCAGGCUCAGGCCCCAUCCCAUGCUGGCAUCCAGCAGUCGCUGGCCUCUGUGAGAUGCCUGGAGCAUGAGGCAUCCCGAGUCAGGUGCUGGGCAUCCCAGGAACCCCUGGGCCCUGUGCGGCAGGACCUCUGGGCCAGUGGUAGCCAGGCGGUCCCUGCCCACCACCAGCCCAGCCAGCCUGCUCUUGCUUGCUGGGAUGAGAGACACAGAUGCCCCAGAAGUCUCAGGGAAAAGACACAAGGAGCGCAGGCCGGUCUCUCAGACUCUCAGGCAAACAGCCAGCCAGUGUCAGCAAAGACCACUUUUGGGAUGCUGACAAGGGAUCCCCUUGAUCCUGAGCAAGGGGUUCUUCCUGCCCACCCACUAAGUGGAAGAGGGAACUGCUCUCCAGGGCCUGCAUAUGGUGGGGGGCAGAGGGGGAGCCCCAGUCUCCCUCAAGGGGCAGGCAACAGGGAGGCCAGGCUCUGUUCUUCCACCUUCUCCAGUGUAGCCUGGGGAGUCCUGCCUGGGCAAGAAGGAGGGGAGGGGGCCCCGAGGGAGCAGGUCCGCUGGGAGGAGGAGAGGACGGCUUCCUCCCAUCCACCGGACACCAUCUCAGCGAGGAGUGCCCUGCAGAACAAGGCCCCAAACAUUGUGACCCUGGAGACCAAGACAGCCUGCUGGCAGCUGCUGCCCAGAUGUUUCAGAGCCUGGCGGCACUUGGUGCAGAAGCCGCGGGCAGUGGCGGCGGCAGAGGCGCUGUGCCGCCGACAGCUGUUGCGAAAAGGCCUGCGGGCGCUACGGUGGGCUCUGCACCUCCAGGAGGCGUGGCUCGAGGUGGCCUCAGGGCGGCACAUGAAGACCCUGCUGGCCCGGAGCUUCCGAGAGUGGAGAGAGCUGGCCGCACAACAGAAGCAGAAGCGGCCCCACAUCCAAGCUGUGCCAGAGUCCCCCGCCUCUGGGGGAGGCUGGGGCCAAGGCCCCUCAGGAAGAAAAGCAGCUGUGGACCUUGCCUCGAGCAGCAGCCCCUGCUCCCAGCACCGGCCUCGGGCUGCGGUGAGCAGGUUGGGACCGUGUGCCCUUCCUAGGCCUGGCAGCUUUACUGUCAGUCCAGGUAGCCUGAAGAAGGAGGAGGGAGGCCGGCCGAUUCCUUCGCAUCCUGGGCUGAGACCAGAUGGCAGAGACACGAGAAUCCAGAUCCUGCAGGCCCUGCAACGACUGGCUGUCUUGCUCCUGUGGUGCCAUCAGAAGGGGCUGGCCAGGCAGGAGAGGGGAAUCCAAAGAGAAGCUGCCCAGGCCCCACCAAGGACUCAGAGGGCAGUGCGGCCUCCCAAGGCCAGGCAUGCUCAUGUUGCAGCCCCAGUCAGGGUGGUGCCACUGGAGACCCAGUGCCAGAGAGCCUGGCUCUGCAGGUGCUUUGGGGCCUGGCAGCGGUUUGCACAAAGAGGAGCCCGGUGCCGGGAUCACCUGGCUGACCGCCGGGUGGGGACCCUGAGCACAUGCCUGCGACAGUGGGUACAGAUGAAGCAGCUCCGGGCCUCAGAUGGGGUGAAGGUGACCCAGCUGUCCCUCUGCCGGCAGAAGGCGGGGACCACAGCCCUUCGCAGCCCAGCCCCUGAAGCGGCCACAGCCCAGGGCCCUGGGGCAGUGGCCCAGGCCCCGGGGCUGCUCCUGGAACAAGGUCAGGGCUCCCUGCAGGAAGCCUGCCGGAGGUUGGCCCUCCACCGGGUGCUGCUGCUCUGGAGGAUGCAGCUCUCUCAGCGCCGGCAGGCCAACUUCUUCCUUCAGGGCCUGCAGCAGCGGACCCUGCAGCAUGUCCUGUGCCAAUGGCGCUCGAGGGCCUGGGGUCUCUGCACCCCGUCCAGCAGCACCAGGACCACCUCGGCCCUGGAGUCACCGGGCAGCGGCCCGGGAGGGGAGGCCUCACUGGGCUGCAGCACACCCUGCGGCUCCCUGGAGAGGCCUCCCAGGGACCCUGCCCUUCUGGAGACCCUCAGGGCGACCUUUCUGCGAGCAACUAGGCAGCGGCGGCAGGAGCAGAGCCUUCUGUUGUGGCAGGCGCGGGCCCGGCAGGCCCGGGCCGUGGCGAGCCAGUACCAGCGCACCCUCCAGAGGCGUGUCCUCCUCAGCUGGAGCCACUGGACGACGGCCCAAGGGGCUCGGAGAGAGCUGGCAGCCCACUGGGCCUGGGCCCAGAGCUGCAAGGCGGCACUGGGCCUGUGGCGGCAGCAGCUGGCGCAGUGGCGGGCAGCAGAGCAGUGGGCCCAGCAGCGGGGCCGGAGACUGGCACAAGACGCCCUGCGCCGCUGGCACUCCUGCUGGCAGAGGCAGCAGAUCCUGCAGGAAAAGUACGAGGCAUGGGCCCAGGUUCACCUCCAGGGCCUACAGAGGGCCAUGUUCCAGAGCUGGCAGCGGGCAGCAGGUCAGCGGAGACACAUGGUGACCGGGCCAGAGCAGCUCCUACUGCGGAGCCACUUCCGGUCCUGGUGUGGACUUGUGAGAGAGGCUGGGGUGCUCCAAGCCCAGCACCGAGCCUUCCAGGCUGGCUGGAAGAGAAGGGCACUGGAGGCUGCAUUUGCUGCAUGGCGGGAAGCCCUAGUGGCUGCAUCCCGGACCCAGGAGCAGCACGUGGCCUGGGAUGCCAUUGCCCACUGGAGCAGGGCUGUUCAACAGGGCCGGGCGCGCAAGCAGCUGAGGCGGGCCUGGGCCCAGCAGGCCUUCACAGCACGGAGGGGUGCCCUGGGCCUGCGCCUUGAGGCCCAUCGGCAGGCAGAAGAGGGAGCCCAGGCCCAAGUCCAGGCAGGGGUGGCCCUGUGCUGGACGCUGUCGGUUCGUGAGUCCUGCCUGUGCCAGGUCAGCCGAGCCUAUGCUGCCCGAAAGCUGCGCGUCCAGGUCCUAGAGGCUUGGGCUCAGGCAGCAGCCCAGGCCCGAGUCCAGCGAGCUGCUUUUGCCCAGCUCCGGCAGGCUGGGCUCAGGCUCCUCCUGCGGACCCACUGGGCCCAGUGGCAGACAGCACUGCUCAGAGUACAGCAAGAAGCAUGGGCUGAGGCUGAGGAGGCUGGCACUGUCCACCCCAGGCCCAGGGCUGACCACACGCACUGCCUGAGGCUGGCCAACAGAGGGCGCCUCCUACUGCUUAUGGACGCCCCUGCCCCGUGGAAGCAGACCCGCAGCUGCUGGACGCAGGCCCCGGGGCUUGGGCUGCCUGGGACAGCACAGCACCACCACCUCAGUGGCCAGAGCGAGCGGCAAGGAAUGCCCUGGGCUCAGGGCGACAGAGAGCAGGACCUCAGGUGGCCCCUCGCCCCUUGCCGGCCUCCCCUCCGUCAUGCUGUCCAGCUCUGGCUUCAGCCGCCUGUGCGCUGUCACCGGGCCCAGGGCCUGCCUCUCUGCAUGACACCCAGCAGGCCCCCUACAGGACCAGCUGGAGACUGCAGCUCUGAGAGCAGAGCCCUCAAAGGCACCCGAGAGGCCUAUCAGAGGAGGCUGGGACAGCUGUGCGUGGGCGUUCUGGAUGAGGGCAGCUGUGCGCGGGGGGUGGGGGGGUGGUUGAGGGCAGCUCUGUGUGGGUGUGGAGGGUCAGGGUCAGUGGGGCGGGGCUUGCCUGAGCCAGGGCCAGAGCUGGGCUCCCCGGGCCAGUGCUCACUCCUACAGGAUCUGGAGAAGCAGGCCCAGGCCAGUGGCUUUGCGGCCCUUUCCAGCUCGAGGGGUCAUGCUGCUCAGGGCACACACGGGGGCUUCUCCCCACAGGAUGAAUCUACAGCACUUGCACCUGGAGGCACUGCUUCACCAGUUCCAGGGCUCCCAGCAGGCCAGGUGCCUGGCAACUGCAUGGCAGCGCUGGGUAGAUGCUCAUGGGGCAGAACAGCUGGCACGGACCCUAGUGAGUGGAGGCUCCCCCAGCCAAGAGAGACCUCAGAGCCCAGGGGCUCAUCUCCCCAUUCCAGCCACUUCUCAACCCUAACCGCUAGAAAAGAAAGUGUUUUUCAAACUCAGACAGUGGCACCUGAGAUGGGCCUGGAGGACAUGGCGGCGGCGGGUGCUGCAGCUGCUUUUGAGAAGUGGCACCAGCGCCUGGCAGCCAAGGGCCGAAGUGGAGCCAACAGCAGCCUGAGACCCCCAAGCAAGCUGGAAGAUGCCCAAGCCCCUGGACAUGGCGGACUCAGGGCAGAGCUGGGGCCCAGCUGCAGCUGUGACUUGUUCUCAUAA